GCCAACUUCCAAGCCCGCCCACUUGAAUGAAUAAUUGUAAUCCGUUUGGUUGGCUCCGAACCCUCCUUUCGUGAUACCCGUAUCUCGAUUCUCCAUACAUUACUUCAGUAUAUAUCUUACAACCCCGCCUUCUCAUAACUCACCUUCCCCAGACCAUCCAUCUUUUUCUUCGGCUGCAACUUUGCAGGUGAAUUCUUCCGCUCGAUUUUAUAAUCGACAGAAGACUCAUGGACGAUCAUUGGCGUCUGCCCUUAUCGCGAUCGCGUUGAGGACUCUGGUCGGUUUGACCACUGUCUUCCUGCGCCCGCUACAAACAAUAAUUUGCCAUUAUGCCUGUUAAGCCUGGUCAACAUGAUGUGAUCAACCAACAACACUUACUACUAUAUCCUCAAGAGAGAUCGAAAGCACAGAAGAGAUGGUUGAAACAAUAUCGAACGGAGGUUGCUGCGUCUGUCAGCAGCGUCUGUUCUACUUUUUGCGCAGUAAGUUCUUGCGUGUUAUAUCCCCAACUUUGCAAUUGCUCAUUUAAAUUGUAGUUUCCUUUGGACUCGGUGAAGACGCGAAUGCAGACCUACAAAUACAAUAACUUUACGGAUUGCGUAAGACAUACAUAUCAGACGGAGAAAUUACGAGGCUUCUUUCGUGGAGUUGCAGCACCUUUAGCUUCAGUAACUUUGGUUCGAACUAUAUCUUUCUCGGUCUAUCAGCGGUCGAAGUACACAUACGCAGCUUGGUUCAAAAGAAAUUUCGACUUUGAUCCAUUGGUACAUAUCAACACAUUUGGAACUCAUCCUAACCUUUCUACUGUUGCAUGUUUUGGAGCUGCUGGCGCCACAGCUGGAUCGUUCAUAACGCUUGUAGCUUGUGGGUGGACCAGCUCAGUUCUUGUCUUUUCUUCAAACUUCUGACAUUUUUCAGGUCCCUUCGAAUUGACAAAACUUAGUGCUCAAGUAUCGGUAUUGAUGGCUGCUAAACGACAAUCGAGUAUUUCCGACCCUGUGAGAGAUUCACCUAUGCAAAAUGCGACUGCAGCAAGCUACAAAAACAAGGGGACAUUUAAAACUGCUAUGAAUAUCGUCAAGAAUCGUGGGGUGUCGGGACUCUAUUCUGGAUUUAAUCUCCAUCUACGUGAGUAGAUUUGUCAAUCCGACAUUAUUGUCAUAUACUAAUCUCAUCUGAACAGUUCGGGAUACAUUAGGAACCGCUAUUUACUUCAUGACCUACGAAAGUUGCAAGCAACUUUUGACUACAUAUACAGGGCAACAAGGGAAAACAAGCCCGUUCGCCGUCGUUGUUGCUGGUGGUUUCUGUGGCAUAGCAAGCUGGGCAUUGAUUGUUCGUAGAAAAAUAUAACAUUGUGAUCUUCGGCUAAGUAACUGACUCUGGAUAGUACCCAAUCGACUCCGCCAAAAGCAUUUACCAACGGAAUUGUUUGACUUGCUGUAAGGGCGAGACUGUUCAAAAGGCACCAAAGAUCAAAUUUUUCGAUAAGAAAAUGUACCGAGGUUUGGGGGUGUCCAUGGGUCGAUCAUGCGUUGUAAACUCAAUAUUCUUUUCGGCGUUCGAAUGUAAGUGAAACUUAUCGAGUCGAUACGUACAAAACUAAUGACGUAUAGUCAUCAAGAAGAAUAUAAAUGCCCUUCCGGAGUGAUAUAUGAUCUGGAUGUUGGAGGUGAUUCUUUUUGUAAAUAUUCAUUUUUGUAUGAAAAUUUGGCGAUGCACGAACAUUAGGGAAAUGGAGUUUUACAGGAGCAUAUAGGCUACGUUUUGAUCUGCAUGGAAUUGGGAGGAUCAUACGAAUUUGAGUUUGAUUUCAAGGAAUUUGAGAUGGAUGAAGUUUGCUACAUAAAUGGACGGCAAUUGUGGGAGAUCGAAUGAGGCUUAUGCAUCCAUUCAGUCAUAGGUAGAUAACUCCUCAAUGAAUAUAAAAUCAAUUUUG